UAAGUCAUAAGAAAGUGUUAUAAGGGAAAUAUUAAGGGUCUAAGUGGUGUUCAUUUAAAUCUAUAUGCAAUUAAUAGUUCUUAAUAAGCCCGUUAAGCGAGUGGCGCUGGCGUCGUUUCCCCGAAUCUAACCUCACAAUUCUUUGUUUAUUGUCGCGAAUGUACGUAUUUUAGAGACCAGAUUUAGUUGCUCUCCGACCCUUAAAACAGCCCUAAAAAAUGACCGCAGACUUCGAGGGUCUCGCCGACGUGAUAAAGCUGGUCAGCGACAUCAAACACAAGGUUCUCUAUGGUUCUCACGCUAUUGCUUUACGUACCGAGCAAGUUUUAGAAGCCCUUAUUUCCCAAGGGACAUGGAACAGUGCUUCGGAGCUUAUGGAGUUAAUUAGGCAAAGAAUAAAGUGUAUUUCGUGUAGCCUCCCGAACGAGGCUACCGUUUGCAAUAUAAUGAGGCACGUCCUCAAAAUAAUCCGGGAGGAAUUUGAGGUGGCUUCAAAGAAAAAAGGAGACUCGCGUUCUUUACACCAUAUAGUAACGGGGUCGUCGACGGACACCUUGGAUUAUUCGGAGAGUCUUUUGAACCUUAGGGCCGCUUUACUGGAUCAUCUUUCCGAAUAUAGGACUGAGUUGGAAACUAGUGCGGAAAAUAUCGCCGCUCAAGCUUCGGAGCUGAUACACAGCGACGAAACCAUUUUGACUUUUGGCACCUCGAAAACCGUUAAGAUGUUCCUAAAAUCGGCCUCGAAAAAGCGAACUUUUAACGUUAUCGUGGUGGAGGGCGCUCCCCAAUAUUUAGGUCAUUCUUUGGCAGCCAGUUUGGCCAAGAGUGGAAUUCAGACCACGUUGAUCCCAGACUCGGCGGUUUUCGCCAUGAUGUCCAGGGUCAACAAGGUCAUCAUUGGAACCCACACGGUUCUGGCCAACGGGGGCCUGAGGGCCUCCAGUGGGAUCCACGGGGUCGCUUUGGCCGCCAAACAUUAUUCGGUCCCAGUCAUGGUGCUGUCCCAUAUGUAUAAAUUCACCCCCUUAUACUUGGGUUCCAAUGAUCAGGAGGCUUUUAAUGCCUACGCUUCCCCAGCAAGUCUUAUUCCGUUCUCUAUGGGGCAAAUAUUGAAUAAAGUGGAGAUCACUAAUGCUGUGUUCGAUUAUGUGCCCCCAGAGCUCGUGACUUUGCUUAUUACUCAUCAAGGGGGCAAUUCACCUUCUUACGUCUACAGGCUGCUCAGCGAGGUCUACCAUCCGAACGACUAUGAUAUAUAAUAAAAAUUAUGAACAUC